ACACUGAACGAAAAAACAUUCGUAAAAAAACACACGGAGCUGCCGAGCCGCACAGGUCCCUCUCAACCCCAGCCUAGCCUAGCCUAGCUUACCUUACCUUAUCUUAGCUUAGCUUAGCCUAGCCUAGCUUUUCUCUUUCCCUCGCCAGUUGUUGCCUCUUCGGCACACAUCACUUUUAAAUGUAGGACCAGGACAAGAUGGCGGAUAUUUCGCUGCUUCAGGACGAGUCCCAGGAGGAGAUAGACGGAUUUGGUGUGGAUGACUACAGCUCAGAGUCUGACGUCAUUAUUAUACCUUCAGCCUUGGAUUUUGUAUCGCAAGAUGAGAUGCUGACACCCUUAGGGAGACUGGAUAAAUACGUCGCAAGCGAAAACAUAUUUAACAGACAGAUGGUGGCCCGGAGUUUGCUGGAUACGCUAAAAGCAGUUAGUGAGGAUGAGAGGGAUUGUAUUGCAGUCCUGGAGAGAGUAAGCAGACUUGCUGAUGACUCGGAGCCCACAGUUCGAGCAGAGCUUAUGGAACAAAUUCCUCAUAUUGCCAUAUUCUGCCAAGAGAACAGGCCUUCCAUUCCAUUCGCAUUUUCAAAGUAUUUGCUGCCCAUUGUAGUAAGAUACUUAGCCGACCAGAACAACCUGGUCAGGAAGACGAGCCAGGCAGCCCUUCUGAUGCUUCUAGAGCAGGAGCUGAUAGAACGAAUAGACAUUGAGAAUCUUGUCUGUCCUGUCCUCGUGGACCUUACCGCUCCAGACAGUAAUGAUGAUGUUAAGACAGAGGCUAUGGCAAUUAUUUGUAAAAUGGCUCCCAUGGUGGGAAAGGACAUCACAGAGCGCCUCUUCCUCCCACGCUUUUGUGAGAUGUGCUGUGACUGCCGGAUGUUCCAUGUGCGCAAGGUGUGUGCAGCAAACUUUGGUGAUAUUUGUAGUGUUGUUGGAUCAGAAGCAACAGAAGAAUUACUGCUGCCGCGGUUUUUCCAGCUCUGCUCGGAUAACGUGUGGGGAGUGAGGAAGGCCUGUGCAGAGUGUUUCAUGACUGUGUCCUCAGCAACCUCUCAGGAAGUGCGCAGGACCAAACUCUCGACUCUUUUCAUCAACCUCAUCAGUGAUCCCUCCCGCUGGGUGCGCCAGGCUGCUUUUCAGUCUCUGGGCCAGUUCAUCUCCACGUUUGCCAGCCCAAACACUGACGUAGGUCAGUACUUCAGAGAAGGGGCAGAGGAGGCUGAGUGGAGUGGCCAGCAAUCGAACAAGCGCGCUGGUGAGAAAACCCCAAACACUAACACCCCUUCUGCAGGCUCAUCCACAUCUUCUGCCACAAAGGACAGCACCCAGAACCUCACACAAGAGAAAACUGUAGUCUUCCCACUGCAGGACUGCGUUUCACAGAAUCCUCCAUGUAUUCAAGAGCACUGUGAGGGUCAGCUGUGCAGGUCGGAGCAGGAGGGUGUGGAUGUAGCUGUGGAGGGCGGAGGAGAACAGGUUGCUGAAGCUCUGCCUGUGGACGAGUCCUUUUGCGAUGUUGACUCUGAGAGCUCCAACCCAAUGUGCCUUCCUGGGUCAAGUGAGCCAGACCCAGGUCCAGUGGCAGAGGAACCUCAGUCUGUGCCGGAAGCUAGCCCUACAGUACAGGAAAACCCAUCAAACUCUACUGAUGCUGUAGAGGAUCCCACAGCCCCAGCCACCCAGCCAGAGGACGACUCACAAGAAAAGGUCUCUGCUUCUGUGGAACUUCCCAGUUCGCAGGAUAACUCCCCUUCACUAUCAAGCCCAGUCUUGGAGAAAGUGGACAUUCCGGAGCAGGAGCUAUUUAACUCGUUCCACUACUGGAGGACGCCAAUCCCACAGAUAGACCUUGACCUGGAGCUUUUGGAGAAGAAGUGCAACAGCGGUGAGAUCUGUAAUAACAGCCCCUCUUCCCAGGCCUCCUCCACAUCUGCUCUGGGUAGGAAGCAACUGGAGGAGCUUAUUGAAAACUUGGAGCCCCACAUUGAUGAUCCUGAUGUCAAAGCACAAGUAGAUGUGUUGACUGCUGCUCUGAGAGCCACUUCGUUGGACACUCACGUUGAUGAUGCUUUCCUGGAGCCUCGGCAGGCCCACGACAACCCCUUCAGCUCACACCACGUCCCUCUCAUUGACUCUUCUGAUAUAGAGGGCCAAGAUUCUGCUCUACAAGUGAGUCACGGUGACGAAUCAGAGUUAAGUGAUGGCAGCAUGAGUGCAGAAGAGGAAAAAAAAUCAAAGCAUCAGGAUGUGGUCCCUCAAGCACUAUUGGAUCAGUACCUGUCUAUGACGGACCCUUCACGAGCUCAGACUGUGGAUAUGGAGAUUGCCAAGCACUGUGCCUACAGCCUGCCUGGUGUGGCUCUCACACUAGGCCGCCAGAACUGGCACUGCCUUAGAGACACCUUUGAGACAUUGGCCUCUGAUAUGCAGUGGAAGGUGAGGAGAACACUUGCGUUCUCCAUACACGAGUUGGCACUGAUUUUGGGCGACCAACUGACUGCUGAAGACCUGGUGCCCAUCUUUAAUGGCUUUCUAAAAGACCUGGAUGAGGUGCGCAUAGGAGUCCUCCGACAUCUCUACGACUUUCUAAAGCUGCUGCAUCAGGAAACUAGGCGGAAGUACCUGUACCAACUGCAGGAGUUCCUGGUCACAGACAACAGCCGGAACUGGAGAUUCAGAUCAGAGCUAGCAGAGCAGCUAGUUCUGUUGUUAGAGCUUUAUAGUGGGCAGGAUGUGUAUGAUUACCUGAGGCCUCUGGCGUUCUGCUUAUGCACAGACAGAGUCUCCUCUGUGCGGUGGACUUCGUACAGACUGGUCAGUGAGAUUAUUAGAAAGCUUUCCACAUGCCCUGCGCUGCUAGCGGAUUUCCUUGGCGAGUUGGUGGAUAAAUUCUGUCACUCUCCAAAAUGGUCAGGACGCCAAGCUUUCGCCUUUGUAUGUCAGCUUGCUAUAGAGGAGGACUGUGUUGCAUUGGAGCAGUUCUCUGAGCACCUGCUGGCUCCUCUGCUGCAGCUGGCAUCUGACCCUGUGCCCAAUGUCCGCGUGCUGCUGGCCAAGACCUUGCGCCAGAGCCUGGUGGAGCGAGAAUAUUUUCUACACUCAGCCAACUCGCACCAAGAGGCCCUGGAGCAGACACUAGUGGCUCUGCAGAUGGAUUUGGAUAAGGACGUCAAAUAUUUUGCCAGCGUGCACCCAGGAAGCACACGCAUCAACGAGGAUGCCAUGAGCACCACUUCCUCCACCUACUGAGUGAUAUGCGCACCCACAGGCACAUCACCCCCAGCUUCAUACUUGGUGGUGGUUGAGGGGCAUGGACUGGCCUCUACUAAGGGCACAAAGACUGAGAAAUAUCUGCUUGGGGAAAAGCGUCAACCAGCCCUAAUUCCUCUGAGAGCAACUCACUACAAUAAAAGUUUUUACGUGCGUUCUUUUGCCACAGAAGCCUUAAAAGUGUCUUCCUUAAAACCAGAGAAUACUUGAAUAUCUGGAGCUGUCAAAAACAUCUACGGCCUACAGUGAAGCAGUCAAAAUGUCAACAUAUCUCAAAUCAUACAGUGGGUGACCUUGAUUUUUCUCUUUCCUUUACUCUCUCGUACUGAUGGACCUUCAUCAUUUCUCAUCUGUAGCAGGAUGCCAGUAACUCUCAGCUUCACAAAACAACAUCAGCGGGAAAGACUGUAGCACAGAGCGUUUCCCCUCAUUUUAUCUUCUUUCUCUUCUGUUUUGAUACUGUACAGAGUGAGCGACUCAUAUGCUGCAGAUUUAUUCAAAGUGGAGAGUGUGAAACCGCCUCAGCCUUCCCCUCUCAGCUCAGUCUGGGAGCUGCCGAAUGACAAAGCAAGGUUUUUCUUCUCAAAGGGCUCGAGCCGCCAUUGUUUUAAAGUCUAGUGCAGCACAUUGUUGUACCCGUGGACACGGAGCUCCCCCAGCACAAAGGGGUCCAUGUCUCAAUGGAUAAGAAACUGUUUUUUUAAACCAAAAUCACAAGCGGUCCAUUUUGCCUAGUAUGUGGAAAUUCUGUAUUGAAAUGGUGUGGUUGUCACACAUCGCUUGUAACCCUGGGGUAUUUUAACGUGAAAAUGAAAUGCUUGAUCAUGACCUAUGCUACACAUCACCUGUACUGUACAUAUCCUUAUCAGCUUUUUUUUCAUUUUGAUCAGUGAUCAUGAAUAGAAUUGUGAUAUAAUGUUCUUCUAACCUGUCCACAAUAAAAGUUAAGAUGCA